AUGUUGUAUUAUGGCCAGAGCCCAGAACGAAAGGAAAAAGAGAGCUGCGGCUGCAGUUGCGGCAGCGAGAGCAGGCCAAGCAGGCCAAGCAGCCCUUGUUGCUCCAGGACUGCUCGGGCUCCUGGGAGCGAGAACGGCUGCGGUAGCGAUAGUGACAGUGGGAGCGGCAGCGGCAGUGGCAAUGAUAGAGAGAGCAAGAGCGGCAGCGGCGGCGACAAAGGCAGCGGCGGCGGCGACAUAGGGAAAGGCGGAGGUGGCAGGCCAAGCAGCCCCGACAUAGUUAGAGCUUCUACAUCUAUCUUUUUUUUCGGUCGAGACUCGAAAGCAUCUGCAUCUAUCUAG